AUGAGAUUCGUGCACAUUGUCGGCCUUACCGCUCUCACGACCGUCCGCGCGACCGGCUCCACGGUCCAGUGCAGCGCAUGCCCGCCUGCUUCGUCGACUCCGGACAUAGUCACCCGCUCUGCUCUGCCUUCGACUCCAUGCACUGCGCCACCGCUUACGGUCAUCUCUGGCGGAACCGGAAUGCCCUCUGGGGUGCCCACGUCAGGCGUUGCCUCGCCCACAGGCAGCGGGACUCCUCCUGUGUCAACCUUGCCGCCGGUUGCAGGCGCCAGUAAUAGCCACGUCAGCGGCGCGAUUGCCCUAGCGGUCGCGGCAAUCUACUUCCUGUAG